AUGCAUAAUUUCAUUCACACCUGCGGCUGCGAGCGACGCUUCCAUCCGGUUUGCGGCUCCGAUGGAAUCACUUACGACUCGGAGUGCAAUCUACAGUGUGCAAAGGAGAAUAAGACAGGCUUAAAAUUAUUGUAUCUGGGGACGUGCUGCCCGAAGGAUUUGUGCCCGGAAGUGGUGCAGCCUGUAUGUGAUAAUUACGGAAGGACACAUCAAAACGAAUGCCGAUUCCACUACCACAAGUGCUUGCUGAAGAAGCUGCAGAAUAAGCGGAUCUACAUCGAGCAUGCGGGUGAAUGUCGUCCGGAAGAACGUCAAAAUGAGGAUUGCUCGAAGAUUUUUUGUAAUCCAGAAAAUGACGGGCCGAUUUGUGAUGAGUUUGGAAAUACACACAACUCGACGUGCAAAUUCGAUCAACUCAACUGCAAACGCCGCAACGACAACCAAGAAGAAAUUAUCGUAGCCUACCACGCUCCAUGUAGCCGAAAUGACACCGAAUUGAGCGAACAAGAGCUAGUAUUAUUGCAAACUCUACGCGAAGUUAAGCUUGAAGAGCUCAAAAAUUUGAAUCGGACUACCGUCUCGACCCCUGAGAUCACGACAACUUCUCAGAUUUUGAUUCCAAGGCCGAAGCAUGAGAAGCGGAAGAAGAGAAAGAGGACUAAAACCGAGAAGCAUCCGCGGAAUCCAUCGCACAAGAAGGCCCUCGCCAGCAAAACGAGGCCACGACCCGAGGAUGGGUGGAAUAGUAAUGGGGAGGAUGAUGAGGUGCCCCCCACGACUGUCGAGGAACCAUUCACCCCCAUAUCCACCAUUUUCAUGGAGACCACUGUUGGGGAGAAACAGAAAGGAAUGGAUAGGACAUUACCUGAAGCUGCACCAACAACGAUUAGCCCGAUGCCUACACCGGGACCAUUGGAGGAGACGAUUCUUGGUCGUGCUGAGAUGGAGAAAGGGCCGAAGCGAAAGAUUGUGAAGAAAAUGCAAAAAUCUCCCUGGGACCUGUCCCAGCCCUGUUCUGCUGUGGCGUGCAACAAGAAAUGGGUCCCAGUCUGCGAUCACCAAGGUCGAACCCACAAGAAUCUGUGCCUCUUCAAGUUCUACGCAUGUAAAGUGUACCGUCACGAUGCGGUGAUCCUGGAAGUAGCGCAUGAGGGCGAGUGCCGGGAGACACAGGUUUACAAGGGCGAGGACCAGCCAUGUGGAGUUUGUUCGACUACCAAGGAGAAGACACCGAUCUGUGACAAUAUGAAUCAGACUCAUCCCUCCCUCUGCCACCUCUCAGUCUGGAACUGCCAAAUGGAGCUGAAGAAAGAAGAGCGCAGGAUUUUGGUUCAUAUCGGGUCCUGCAACGGGGAUAGCCCGGUUUUUAGCGAACAGGAAGAAAUGUGCCCCGAAAGCUGCUCAUCAAAACGUUUGCCAGUCUGUGAUGAAUCGAUGUUUGAGCACAAGAAUUUGUGCACUUUCCAGAUGAAGCACUGCCAGGCGCGAAAGGCCGGUAGACGACCUCCAGGCUUGGCUAAAUUAUCCGCCUGCCCGAAAAUCGAUAAACCUCAAGUUGUUACCCCCGAAAUUGAUCAAGGUUGCCCUACUCCAAGAUGUUCAGAGGAGUCCUCGCCGGUUUGCGACAGCUUGGGGAAAUUGCAUCUGAACGAUUGCUUAUUUGAGCACGAAAAAUGCAAAGCAACGCUACGAGGGGUGGAAUUAAAGAAAGAGCCAGCUACAAACUGCGCCAAAUGUCAAUUCGAGUGCCCGACUAAAAUAAAGGGUCCGAUUUGCGGCGACAAUUAUGUAACCUACGAUAAUCAGUGUCUAUUCGAAAAGGCAAAAUGCAUGAAUUCCACCCUGGCACCGCUUUUUAAAGGAAGCUGUGCCCUUUGCUUUAAUGAGCCAUGUCCGGUCCUCGAUGAGAAUGCCACUGAUGACUUGCUAGUAUGUGACCAAAAUGGACAGACAAGAUCCCGCUGCGAGUUCAACAUGCUCCACUGUGUGUUGGCCCAGAAUUUUGGGUUUAAUUUGAGCGCUAUUCAUGAAGGCCGUUGCUGCGCCUCAAAAGACAACUGCGCAUCCGCUCCUCGAAACCCGCUAUGUGCUUCCGACGACAAAACCUAUGACAACAUUUGCCUGUUCGAGAUCGCGAGGUGCCAAAAGAUGAAGCAAAUGGGAAUCGAGCUGCUCCUCAUCAACGAGGGAGAAUGCCCCAUAAAACACAAGAAAUUGAAUCAACGUUCUUCCGAUCCAGGCGUGGAUAGUAACAAUGCGGACAAUUCAGUCCAAGAAACUACAAGUACUACGAUGGCUACCUUUGCUUCUACGACUGCUACUACAGAAUCACCCACAACUACUCAACCAGACGUCUGCGAUCCGGGCUUUCGAUGCGGCCACGACUACUUUCCGGUCUGCGGCUCCGACAAUCAGACCUACACAAAUGCGUGUGAGCUGAAGAAGGCGAAAUGUAUGAAAAACCUUAAACUCGACAUCAUCUACGAAGGAGAAUGCUGCCCGACCGACUGUCCCACUUAUUGGAGCCCUGUGUGUGAUAGCGACAACCGGAGUCAUCAGAAUCUCUGCUUCUUCGGCUUGGCUCGAUGCCUAGAAACCAGGAAAUACGGCAAGGAUUUGACGAUUUCCAAGUUUGAGAUGUGCUCCGAGAAGACGGAAUGUGAGGAGUGUGGGAAGAUGUAUCAGCCAGUUUGUGGCAGCAAUGAGGAGACUUAUGUAAAUGAAUGCGAGUUGGAUCGGUACAAUUGCUUGAUCGAGAAGAAUGUGACGAGUGGAGUGAAGGUGGAGAGGGCUUAUGAAGGAGAAUGCUGUAGCACGAAAUCUUGCUCUCUGACCUACGAGCCACUUUGCGACUCUCGAGGCCAAACCCAUCCUAAUGACUGUGCUUUCAAGAAAAGCCAAUGUUUAGCGGAAAGAAAUGGAAAUAUUACCGUGGAUUUGGCGUAUAAGGGCCAAUGCUGCCAGCAAGAAUGUGAAGACACCAACCACCCAGUAUGUGAUGGAAAGAAGACGCACAAGAAUAUGUGCAAGUUUAGAGCUGCCCAAUGUGAAGCGGAACGUCUUGGAGAAGUUUUGUUGCUCGCCUACAUCGGAGAGUGCUGCACGUUGCAAGAGGGAAAUUGCCAAAAAAGCGGUGCUCUUUGCGAUUCGGAUGGGGAGACACAUCAAAAUCUCUGCCAAUUCGAAGAGCGACAGUGUAUUAUGGAGCGGAAUCUGUUGAAGAAUUUGAGUAUUGUGCAUACAGGCGAAUGCUGCAAAAUAGAAUCUUGCGGACGAGACGUCGAGCCGGUCUGCGAUUCAAACGGCGGGACCCACGCUUCCGUCUGCCAUUUCAAAAAUACGAAGUGCAUUCACGACAAACUACACCCAAAUAUGACCCUGCAGUUUGAGUAUUCAGGUCAAUGCUGUCCAUCAAAUUGUCGACCAGACUGGGAGCCGGUUUGCGAUCAGCAUGGAAGAGUAUACAAAAAUACCUGCUUUUUCCAAUUGAAGAGUUGUGAGAUGUCGAGAAGAUCCGGCGGCGUCCUCCUCGAAACCCCAUGCCCAGAUCGAAAAGCCAGAAGCUACAACGUCAAAAGAUUAAGCGAUUUGAGCAGUUUCCCAGUCGGAAGUCGUAUCUAUCAUCAC